AUGAAAAAAAGUCUAAGUAAUUUGAUUCCUAAUAGUUUGGUUAAGAAGUAUUCUUUCAGACCACCUAAUCCAGCAUAAUACACAUUUGAAUAUAAAGAUGGGAAAUAUUAGUUUUUUCCAAUAAUAAAAGGAGUAAAGAAAUAAAUAAUCAGUUAUUAUUUACGUAUAGAAUCGUACAUACUAAAGAAUGAUAAACUUUAUGUUCCUUUAAUUCAUUUAUCAGGGUAUGUGUUGAUGGAAAAAUAGUUUAUAAAAUACGAAAACUGAAGCAUCAUUAUCGAAGGACUGUUUAUUUGAUUCUAAGUCAUUUUAGUACGAAAUAGAGAAAUUAGCAUAAAGGAGCAGAAUGUUAAUAAUAUUUUCUCACGCAAAUGCAAGUGAUUUAGGAGAUGUAUAUUUUUUUGGUGAAAGGAUUUGUAUAGAAUAUGGAGUAGAUUUUAUUGCAUAUGAUUAUACAGGUUAUGGGAUAGGAUUUGGAUAAUAUAAAGUUAGCGAAUAAUAAACUUAUGAUGAUUUAUAGAGUGUAGUAUCAUUUGCAAUAAAUCGAUUAAAUUAUUCUUUAAAUUAGAUAAUUUUAUGGGGUUUUUCAAUAGGUUCAGGACCAGCUACUGAAAUAGCAACACGUUUUGGUGGAUUAGCUGGUUUAAUAUUAUAAGCACCUAUUGCAUCAAUAUAUAGUUGGUUUGGAGAAGGAGAUUAUGGAUAAUAGGAUAUAUAUGUUAAUUAUAAGAAAAUACAAUAUGUUCGUAGUAGUAUAUUAAUCAUUCAUGGGGAUGCAGAUAAGAUUGUUGGUCAUGAACAGAGUGAGAAAUUAUAUAAUAAAUAUUUAUAAUAUAAUGGAAUAGGAAAGAUUUAAAUGACAAUAGUAAAAGAUGCUGGACAUAAUGAUUUAUAAUUUCAUAUUGAAAAAGGAGAAGAUGAAUUAGGAGUUUAGAUUCAACAUUUUUUAAGAUAAAAAGGAGGAGGAUUUAAUGAGAAAGAAAAUACAUUAUUAAAUUUAUGUUAUGUUAAAGAACAUAUUCCUGGAUAACAUAUAUAUUAAUGUAAUUCUUUGAGAAAGUUUUCAAGUUCUUAAGAAAUGCAGAGAAAGAAAAUAAAUCAUUUAUUUUCUUUAUGUACUUGUGAUUGAUUUCUAUUUAUUAUUAUUGUUUUUUUAUUAUAAUUAAGAAUAACAUUAUUUGAGUAAAGAUGGAAACAGUUCAAUUUGAUUAUUUUGAAUUUGAUAAUUAUUAACCACGUUUUGGCCAUACAAUUUGUUUAAUAGCACCUAAAACAAUUGUGCUUUUUGGAGGUAGAUUAUUUUAUAGAGGAAGGUGCUGUUGGAGACACUUCAAAAUAUACAUUAACAGGAGAUGUUUUCAUUGCAUAUUUAAAUACUUAAAUUUGGAAAAGAAUAAAAGUUAGUGGAAAUAUUCCAACUAAUAGAGCAGCUCAUUAAGCAUUAAAAAUUGAAUUAAAUUAAAUGAUAAUAUUUGGAGGAGCAGUAGGAGGAGGUGAAUUAGCAGAUGAUUAAUUAUUUUUAUUUGAGUUACAUGAAGAUUUCAUUGGUACAUGGGUUACUGUGCCUGUUAUUGGAACAACUCCUGGUAGAAGAUAUGGGCAUACAAUGGUUUUAAUAAAACCAUAUUUAAUUGUUUUUGGAGGUAAUACAGGUUAAGAACCAGUUAAUGAUGUUUGGACUUUCAAUUUAGAGAAAUCUCCUUAUUAAUGGUAAAAAUUGGAUUGUACAUCAGAAUUACCUAAUGCAAGAGUUUAUCAUUCAGCUGCUUUUUGUAAUGCAGGUUCAGCUAAUGGUAUGAUGGUUAUAUUUGGAGGUAGAACUAAUGAUUUGACUGCUUUAAAUGAUACUUGGGGUUUAAGAAGACAUAAAGAUGGAAGAUGGGAUUGGGUUAAAGCUCCAUAUAAAAACUAAAAUUAUAUACCAGAACCUAGAUAUUAACAUUCAUCUAUAUUUAUAGGAACUUUAAUGCUUGUUAUAGGAGGUAGAUCUAAUCUAGUUUAAGAUUUCAUUCCAUUUGAAAUUUAUGAUACUGAAACUUCAGACUGGUAUAAAUUCCAAUCAAUCAUGAGAUUUAGACAUUCAUCAUGGAUUGAUAAACACUAUCUCUAUUUACAUGGUGGCUUUAAUUCUGAUCAACCAAAUAUUCCAACUCAAGAAAUUUUAAAAUUAGAUCUCAACAAACUAUUUGCUUAAACUCCUUAAUUAAUUUGGCAAUUGAAUACUCUAAGAAAUGAUAAUACUUUUAUGCAACCUAGGCCUCCUUAAAAUUUAAGCAAUAAUAAUACUCAAGAUUAAUUUAGAAGAACUAAUUUUUUCACUCAAUAGCUAAGUUUAAUUUAAUUAAUAAUUUUUAGAUUAAUAAACAUAAUAAUAAAUUUGUAUAUCUUCUGCCAAUAAUUAAAAUAUCAGAUUAGCAAAUUAAGCUUUUGUUACUAUGAUUUAUGAUCCUGAAAAAGAUAUUGCUAAUUAAGUUAAGAAAAUUCCUAUUAAUAAAUUAAAGGAUGAACAUAAGAAAUUAGGGUUAUUUUUUUAAGAUCUGAAUUUUUAAAAUCAAUCAUAAUUUUUUGAGUAGAUGCUUGCUCCAUUUUUAUAAAAUUUAUUUUUGCCAAAAGAUUAUUAAAAAAUUCCUCCAAAAUAAAAUCUUAUGACAGAAAUAAAAAAAGAUUCAAUAAUAAAGUUAUGUGAUGAAGUAUAAAGAAUGUUGGAGAAAGAGCCCAUUUUAUUGAAAUUAAGAAGACCAAUAAAAAUAUAUGGAAAUUUAAAUGGUUAGUAUUUAGAUUUGAUGAGAUUUUUUGAUCAUUUCAAAGCUCCAUACGAAAAUGUGUAAAAUGGAGAUAUAGAUUCAUAAGAUUAUUUAUUUUUGGGAGAUUAUGUAGAUAGAGGAACAAGAUCUCUUGAAAUAAUUUUACUAUUAUUUACAUUAAAAGUAAAAUAUGGAGAUCAGAUUCAUUUAUUAAGAGGACAUCAUGAAGAUCCAAAAAUAAAUAAGAUUUAUGGAUUUGCUGAUGAAUGCUUUUUAAAAUAUGCAGAAGACAUAAAUGAUUCAAAUAGUAUCUAUCAAAGAAUCAAUAGAGUAUUUUAAUACAUGCCAUUAGCUGCAGUUAUUGAAGAUAAUAUAUUUUGUGUUCAUGGUGGGAUUGGAUAAACGAUGCACACAAUUAAUGAAAUUGAAUUAAUUAAAAAACCUCUUUAAAUAAUCCAUGAUCCUAUUACAGUAUUUUAUUUUAAUAUAAAUUCAGGUAUAAUAAAAGAUUGCUUUAGAAUUAUUAUUUUCUGAUCCAUGUUAAUAUGAAGAUGAAUUAGAAAAUAAAAAAAAUAAUGAAAGACAUAUUUAAUAAAAUUUAUCUAUAACUAAAUUUGAUAAUAAUAGAAUCAACGGAUUCCUUUAAGAAAAUAAUUUAAAUAUGAUAAUUAGAUCUCAUGAACCUACAAAUGAAGGAUUUGAAAUAUUGAAUAAUAAUGUUAUUACAAUAUUUUCUUGUAGUGAUUAUGGUAAUUGUGGCAAUAAAGGAGGUAAUUGAAUGGUAAUAAUAAUUAUUAGCCAUUCUUUCAAUUACAAAGAGAGGAGAUAUAAUACCAAAGGUUAUUCCAACACCUAAUAUUAUAAAUGAAGAUAGAUGGCUAAAUUUAGAGGAAGUUUCUCAAAGAAGUUAUAGCUAUGCAAAAUAUUUUGAUAUAAAUAAUGAUAAAUUAAUAUAUAGUAGAAGAUCUUUUACUCCCUCAAGAUAGAUGA